AUGUCUGCAUUCCACCCCAUCCCUAAGCCCCCCGCCACAAAACUCGGUCACUACCGUGUACUUUCGCCCCUCGCUGGUGUUCGCGUGUCACCCCUGCAGCUAGGAGCCAUGAGCAUAGGAGAUAAAUGGGACAAGUUCGGAAUGGGGUCGAUGGACAAAGAAUCGAGUUUUAAGCUCCUUGACGCGUACUACGACAUGGGAGGAAACUUUAUCGACACUGCCAACAGCUAUCAGGACGAGUCUUCUGAAGAAUUUAUUGGUGAAUGGAUGCAAUCCAGGGGGAUCCGUGAUCAGAUCGUCCUUGCAACCAAGUACACGGCGAACUACAAGCACAGGAAGCCUAUAAAACAACAGGUGAACUACGCCGGCAAUCAUGCGAAGUCGCUCAAUGUCUCCGUCGCCGAGAGUCUCCGGAAGCUCCGUACAAACUACAUAGAUAUUCUCUACGUUCAUUGCUACGACUUUGAGACAUCUGUUCAAGAGAUCAUGAAUAGCUUGCACACGCUGGUGCUUCAAGGAAAGGUGCUCUACCUCGGAAUCUCGGACUCCCCAGCAUGGUUCGUCGCUCAAGCAAAUACGUACGCUUUGCACCAAGGGAAAUCCCCGUUCGUUAUCUAUCAGGGCCGGUGGAACCUUCUCGAGCGUUCGUUUGAAAGAGAAAUCAUCCCCAUGGCACGAACUCUCGGACUCGCACUGGCCCCAUGGGACGCUCUCGGGGGCGGAAGACUACGGACCGACGAAGAAGAAGAAGAUCGUCGCCGAUCUGGGGAGAAAGGGAGAACCCUCGUCAGUGAUUGUUGGGAAAGAACGGAGGACGAGAAGAAGAUAUCCAAGGCACUUGAAAACGUCGCUCGGGACCUGGGGGUGAAGAAUAUUCGGGCUAUUGCAAUCGCAUACCUGAUGCAAAAGACACCAUACGUCUUUCCCCUGAUCGGUGGUCGGAAAGUAGAGCACCUCGCUUCGAACCUGGAAGCAUUGGACAUCGACCUUUCCCCAGAACAAAUGAAAUAUCUCGAAAGUAUCCUACCGUUCGAGUUGGGUUUCCCAGGGAACUUCGUUGUACUUAUUCUUUCUCAUUCUUCUAUUAACAAGGGAACUGGAGAGGAGAACGGACUCUGGCUGACUUCGACAGCUUGUGUGGUAAAACAGCCGCUGCUACAACCAAUCAAACCUAUUCCCAAACUAUGA